CCACGAGAAAAUGGCCGCAGAGCUUCCCUCUGCCCUGCGGACACAAAUAGGUUUCUGUUUCUACUGACUCCUAGCGCUGGUGACGUCACAUAAUCCCAUGUCUGGCCGUCCCACUGUGCGAGUACGAGGGGUCCUCCCGGCCUAUGGGCAGCACCAGGCGUGGCCAAACGCUUACCUAGUAGCCCCUCCUGUAGUCAUUUCCGAUCGGCGGAUGGAUGAUAGUGCUGCAGGUCUUCAGACUAGAACGUCACCUCUGGGUCAGCCACUUCAAGCACUGGAGCCCUUUGUCAGUCUUCAGGAUGGACAUGGACAGUCGUAACAUGGCAGAGAGGAUAUUAAGUCUUGCCCUGGAGAUCAUCUGCCUGCUGACUGGGGAGGAUUACACAGUACUUAAGAAGACAUUUCGAGAGUGUGUGACAUCCAGAGGCCAUCCCCAUAAGUCAGGAAGACUGAGCAGGACCCAGAGCCCCAUCACGGAGCCUCCACCUCACUCACUGACACGUAAGAGGCACAAUGACCAGAAGAUCCUGGAACUCACCAACAAGAUCAUUCAGCUGCUGACUGGAGAGGUUCCUAUAAGGUGUGAUGAUGUCACCAUCUAUUUCACCAUGGAGGAGUGGGAGUAUAUAGAGGAACACAGGGGUCUGUACAAGGACGUGAUGAUGGAGAAUCACAGGCCCCUCACAUCACUGGAUGGGCCCAGUAACAGGGAGACCCCAGAGAGAUGCCACAGUCCUUAUUCCUCGGAUUAUACAGAGGAGGAUCACAGUAGCCCACAGGAGUAUCAGUGUGAAGACCUAAUUGUUAUUAAAGUAGAAGACCUAGAGGAAGAGGAGAUGAGUGCGAGGGGUGAGCAGCCGUAUAAGGAGGAGGAGGAAAUCCCUACAGCAGAUGGACAGAAGAAAAGUAUUCCCUCAGAACAUCUCACGUCGGCUCCAGACUGUGAAAUGGAAGGAAACAAAAUGGCACAAGGAAUAAACCCCAAUACGUCAGAUACACAUCCAUUACCUCACAGUGCAGCUGUAUCAUGUGACCCCUCUACACACGGCGGCCAUUUUCCCGAUCCCCAUAAUGACAAGUCACUACACAGCAGUCAUUCGCCUGAGAAGCCAUUUUCAUGUUCUGAGUGUGGAAAACGUUUCAAGCACGGGUCGAUCCUUGUUCGCCAUCACAGAGUUCACACGCCCAAGGAUUCAUUCAUUUGUUCCCAGUGUGGAAAAUGUUUUGCGCACCCAUCCAAUCUGGUUGCACAUCAGAGAAUUCACACGGGUGAGAAACCUUUUCCGUGCCCCGAAUGUGGCAAAUGCUUUGCCAAUAAAUCGACUCUUAUAGACCACCGAAGGAUUCACACAGGCGAGAAGCCAUUUCCCUGCCCGGAUUGCGGGAAAUGUUUUACACAGAAGUCCAGCGUGGUGGCCCAUCAGAGAAUCCACACCCGUGAGAAGCCCUUCCUCUGCUCCGACUGUGGAAAGAGCUUUUCACAUAAAACCAAUCUGGUCAAACACCAGAGAAUUCACACGGGCGAGAAACCGUUUUCAUGUCUAGAGUGCGGGAAAUGUUUUGCAGAGAAGUCAGAUCUGGUUAAACAUCAGAGAAUUCACACGGGUGAGAAACCAUUUUCCUGUUCUGAGUGCGGGAAAUGUUUUACGCAGAAAUCAACUCUCGUUGAACAUCAGAAAACUCACAGAUGAAGCUUUCACAUUUUGACUGUGGACAUAUUUUCACUCUAUUCAAUUUAGAAAAUUCUCACACCAAAUUAGGUUUGGGGGGGGGGGGGGACACGCAACCGCGUGUUUUCUGGGAGUGUCAGGAAAAAAGCAGGCGUGGCCAAAUGUUGUCAGGGCAGCUCUGUGACGUCCGCUCCGGCCCCGAUCAGCCUGAUUCUAUCGCACUCUAGGAGUAGGUCCUGGGUUAUUCACAGACUGGAAAAAUCAUUCCAUGGUGAGUGAGUUGUAAACGGAUUUGCAGCUGGCCGGUGUUUGCAAAGCUUUUCCCAUGGCGUACGCAUACAGUGUCGGACUGGGGCGUGAAGGACCCACCAGGUGAAUGCAUCGGUAGGGGCGCUUGUGUAGGAGUGUGGCCAAGUUCCAAAGAGGGUGUGGCCAGCAGCCACAUUUGUUUCUCUGACGUCCUAAGUGGAUGCUGGGACUCCGUAAGGACCAUGGGGAAUAGCGGCUCCGCAGGAGAC